GAAGCAGGGUGUCCUUCAGUUCCACCGAUUAUUUCACUAAGGCAACUUGCGUUCCUUUACUUUUGUCAAUGUCUAAAUUAUCUAAAUUGAACUGAGUAUGCCAUUUCCCAAGUAGCAAGUAGUCGCCCAUCCCUACCCCAGUUCGAACACAACACCAGGCCGACCAACAGACAGGCCAAAGACAAACUCACCCCGCAACCAGCCAACCGCAAAAUUCUUGCCAAACAAAAUAAAGAAAACAAGGAGAACUAACUUGGCCGGCCGAAGCUGAGCAAAGCAAAGCCAAGCGGCAACGGAAAUUGUUAACCUUUGGGGAUAUCAAACAUUUACGAUUGCGUGGCAGUGGUAGCGGCAGCGGCAGCAACAUUUAAGUUUUUAUCAGCACAAAAUAAAGUUUUGGUUUACGGAUUGUGUUCCAGGCCCGCACCUCGCCCGAAGCCCCCUCCACCGUCCCGCGCAUUAUUUGGCCAAAGGCAGCCACAAGUGCCCAGGAGUAGUAGUGGCAAGAGGAGGAGCAGGAGCAGGCUCUGGAUCAGGGGCUGAAGGGUCGUUCGUGUUGAUUCUCGGGCACGCAGAACUUUUAUCCUUUUCAAUUUCGUUUUUCUUGGCGAGUACUUCUAAGGGAUUUAAAUUUCUGUUUGCUGCCGAGCAGCCAACAAAGCAACCGUGGGAGCGAACACGUCGGCUUCUUGGAGAACAGGAAUGAUGCUGAAUAAAAAGAAGAGCCAAGGUGCUCCGUUACCAAAUCCAACCGAUUCAUUGAAUGCCGUCAACCCUAAUGACACCUUAUCAGGCAUUGAAGAUCUGCCUGGACCCGCCAAUGUCCAAGCUACCAACGACACGCUGUUAGGUUUGGAAGAUCUUGCUCAUGGGACCAAUGAUGAUGGCGUACCAUUUAUCUUGGUAGAUGGCGCACCUUUCACCACGCGUAGCGGCCUGGACCUGGCUCUCAGCCGAGUAGAACAAAAGAGGAUGGAGCACGUAUUGAAGGAUAUUGAAAGCAGACGCCUUCAGCUGCUGGAAGACACAGAGCCACCUCCAGAGCUGGAUAUGCCCAUCAACUUAAGUGCCAGAGCUCUGGCGGAGCUUAAAGCUGCGGAGGAAGAGCAACGAUUUCAGAAGGAUAUGUACGAUCUCACCUUUUGGCCUCCAGAGGAGGAAAAUAAUGACACCUGCAUCACCCCAACUAUGAGCAACAACAGCAACACCAGCAUUGAGGAGGUUAUCCUUAAGCUGGAGCAGUUGCGGGGUUCGCCAAAGCACAUUCCAGUUCCGGACACGGAGGCACCUACAGCUGAGCUCCCCCAGCGUCCCGGCAUCCAGCGACAGGGCACCUUUGAUAUCAAGCGGAAGGAUGAGGACAAUAAGCAGUUGGGUCCCGAUAUAUCCAUUGUAGAAGAACCUACCACAAAGAAACCCCAAACGCCAAAACCUGUAUAUCAGGGUGGGAUCCCCAGCAUUAUAAGCCAUAAGCACCUAGAGAAGUCCGCGGAGAGCCCAAGUAUUACUGUAAGAGGCCGGCAGAUCACUAAACAGAUCGGCGAUCUCCUCGUGGAACUCUGCACUCUGAACCAGCAAAAUAAAAGACUGCUGAAUGAGGGAUCCUCCCACUCCUUCAUGGUGACGAUCAGUCCCGCUGGAGGAGCCUCAAAUUGCUCCAUUAAGCCGAUUUCAGAUCCCAAAUUCAGCCAUCUCCGCUUAUCCUGGAGUCCAUCAUCAUUCAAUAUCAUCUCUCAUUCCCAACGUGCAAAAUCGGAGCUUAACUGCAGCAUUAGUGGAAGGAACUCGCUUGCCCCAUAUCCUUCCAAGCAGGAGUUCCCCGAAGAACGUGUCAGAUCUCAAUUAUUGCAGAAGACGCCAUCCUCUUUUCUAAAAGUCUCUUCCCCUGCCAAAUAUUACCAAGGCAGAAAGAGAGAUUGACUUGAAUGGUUUUAUUGGCGAUUUUAUAAAGUUAUUCGACAAAAUUCAUUGAAAUAAAAUAGUUUUACAGAAACCGCGCCUAUACACGCAA